CGUCGUUUCCUCUUCCCGGAUCGGGCAGGAGGGUGCCAUCUGGCUGGUCAGGUCCUAGACGGAUGAGAUGCUCCGGAUGGAGGCCAUGAUGGUCGCCGCCCGGAAGGAUGCAAAGGCAGCCCGGUUGGCGUCCGAGAAAAUGAAGAAGAAGCCGGUCGAACAGGCCGAAGCCUACCGGGGUCUCUUUAUCAAGCACGAGGUCUUGUUCAAGUUCGCCAAGGAGUCGGAUGAGCGGGCUAAGCGGAAGAUCACCGAGUUGGCGGAGAAGGCCAGGCGGUUCCUCGAGCUGUAUCUACCCGGUCUAACGCAUCUCACCAUUCUUUCUGAAAAAGAAAAGUGCUUCGCCCGAGAAAAGAUGGACCCGGCCCAUCUGACCGGUUUUGGCUUUCUACCCGAGUAGAAAAUAAGCCACCCGGGUGAGUUUUUGUCAGAGCAUGCCCGGGCUAUGCUUCAAAGUUGAUCAUGUGAGUCAUUUCUUCCUUCACCCGGGUGAAUAAGAGCUCUAGUCCUCCGAGUGAGCAAGGCAAUCAAUUCUUUCCAUUCAA